AUGGCCGUACCCGAAGCCACCGCACAUGCUCGCUCGCUCUACAGGCGUGUGCUGCGAGAACUACCGCCGCGAACCCAAGCUCUCUCAUCCCGCUCAUCACCACGCUCUGCCUUACACAACUCCAUCCGCACACACUUCUCCACACCCCUGAAGGACUCAUCAUCAGAAUACACAUUGGCCAGGCGGCAGGAAACCGAACAGUUCAUUCAGUACCUCAAGGCGCAGAGGGUUUAUGGGACACUGCUCGAAAGAUAUAAUCCCGGUGCCUGGAUGGAUGAGGAGGAGCGGGUGCGCUUGACGGCCAGGCGUGUGGGCAUGGACCUGCCAGUAGAGUAUGAGUGGAAGCCGAAUCAGUGA